AUGGAGCUCGCGCUGACGGAGAGUUCUUCCAUGACCACGGAGCUGUGCGAGCUCACGUGCGCCGGGUCUUACUACUUCAGCACUCAGUACGGACGAGAGUGUUGGUGUGGGCCGGCUGGCACCGACUACGAAAAGCAUGGGGAGUCGACUGAGUGCACCUAUGAAUGCCCCGGGAACCCAGACGAGACAUGCGGAGGCUUCUACGCCGCCAGUGUCUACGCCUACUCGACGGUGGAGCCAACGCCCACGUUUUCCUAUGUGGGAUGCUUCCAGGACGACCAGGACCGUAUCAUGGAGCUCGCGCUGACGGACAGCUUUUCCAUGACCAUGGAGUAUGUACGGGUGGCAGAAUAG